UUAAGUUUUUUAAGUUUUUUUAAGUUAAGUUAAGUUAAGUUAAGUUAAGUUUAGUUUCGUUAAAACUUAACUUAAAAACUUUUUUUUACAACCCUGGCGGCUACUAAUAAGUGUGCGGUCCCAUGCCCGCUUUAAGCUAGUCACUCACCCUAUUAUUAUUAUCCCCACGCAUAGGACGAAUCAAAGUGUCAUGCAGAGACAGUAUCACCAUACCCUUAAACGGACACCGCGACUCAUUGUACGAGUAGCUAUCUUUACAAGCCCGCGUAGUCGUCGGAAUACGGUCGUUUGCACCUAAAACACAUUUUUUUCUAAAUUACACUUGUCUCCAGUCUCGCACCUCCGCUAUGGCCGCCCUUGGACCAAAGAACUCCAACGUUCAGCUACUUUCCUGUCUCAUCGACGAGGAAGAUACGGGUGAUAGCGAAUACCGGUUCCUGGUCGACAGGCAAACCGUUAAAUAUGUAACCACAGCGCCAGGAGUAUUUUGCGGAGCCGAGGACGACCGCACUUUUGGACCGAUCCUGCUUAGCGAGCUCCUUCCUCCCUUCCCCACAGGGAAUUGGAACAAAGGCUACGUGGCUAAGGACCCGCAGACAGGCCAGACCGCGUUUAUCAGGACGGAGACGGUGCGGCUCUCCGGAGUAGAGAGCCUCUGGCAUCCUACAAAGCUAGACGUGCUGGAAUUUACGCAAAAAGAGUGGCUGAGGCAGCGAGUCCACGUCUCGACCCACCCAGAACUCGGCGGCGACGGCGCGCCCGUGUUAGUCAAGCUUGCCGUCUGGCCCUGGGAGGUCCCCUUUAUGGAGACCGAGACGGCCAUUUAUCGGCAGAUCGACGGUAAAGGCAUCGGCCCCAGGUUCCUCGGCCAUCUGACAGAGGGCAGAGACGGGCGCGUCGUCGGCUUCGCCGUCGAGUGGGUGGAGGGCGCGAGGGCCGCGGGGCCGGGGGAUCUCGGCCGCUGCAGGGAGGCGUUGCGCCGGCUGCACGAGCUCGGGAUCAAGUCCGGGGAUACCAACAAGCACAACUUUCUCGUCCGCCACGGGCACGACGACGUCGUCUUGGUGGACUUUGAGCUGGCGAAGCAGAACUGCUCGCCCCAGGAGCUGGAGGCGGAGAUGGCCACCCUCGAGAGCAGUCUGGCAGACGUGAGUUUCCGAGGCGGCGUAAAGCCAAUUCGUGAGUGAAAUAGGGGCAGCAUCAACCGGGAUUUGAGGGGCCGUGAUCGCGUAUGUCACCCAGACAUAUACCUAGUUACCGUAUGCUGAAAUGGUCCGAGCCACCUAGGAAGGCUGUGCGAUGGUAUAAGGAAAACUCUAUUAUUAUUACGGACCGCUGUGGCAGAGACCCGGUGUUGUAGUGGUUGCUUGACGUAUUACUCGACGUAUUGUUGCCGUCUGUUGUUCUGCCGACCAACACCGCUAUCGCGCCCCUUUUUGUAUUCAGUCUGUAUUAGUUUCUGCGCCGAUU